GUCAGGAGAGCUCUGCUGCAGCUGCGUGAACCACUUCUUUCAAGCAGCAAACUUCCCACAAUGCACCGCUGAAAACUACUGGAGAAGGAAUGCAGUAAGCUAGUGAGCUAGCAAAGGUACGAUCUGGCUGUCACAGCGACGAAAACUUUUGCAGACAGACCAUGAUGACCCUACCGGUCCAGUAAUAGCAGGUGUUGCCACAAUCCUCCUCCUGCCAUUGAAGAUGAACCUUGAUGAGAAACUGGAUGGGAUGCUGUUGAAGUGCAGUGGGCCAACAGGUUUGCAUCACCACUCCUCCAGAGCCCUGGGAAGCACAAGGAUGGAUGGCAGAGCUGGUUUAGAUGAGAUGCCCAUGGGUGAACGAGCACUGGCUAACCACCCCCUGCUGGCUGAGGAUGAUGACGAGGAUGAUGACCUAAGGGGCGACGUUGAGUCGCACCACCUCAUCUCACACGAUGAGCUGAUGGUCCAUGAGGAGACGGUGAAGAACGAUGGAGAAGAAGACCCGGAGUUCUCCCAGCGGCAUCCUCCGAAACUGCCAUACACCCUACACAUGCCUUUGAGUAUCAAGCAGGAGAUGAAGCUCUCUGACUCACUGCUGCUCACCAAGAAAGAGAAGAAACAGGGAAGGGACCUUUCGGAAUGCCAUAAGAAGAAGAAAAGGAAGCAGCGCUCUCCUGCGAAGAUUCUCACCAUUAAUGAAGAUGGAUCUCUAGGGCUCCAGAGCCCAAAGUCCCAUGUGUGUGAGCACUGUAAUGCAGCCUUCAGGACCAACUAUCAUCUACAGAGACACGUCUUCAUUCACACAGGAGAGAAGCCGUUUCAGUGCACUCAAUGUGACAUGCGCUUCAUUCAGAAGUACCUGCUUCAAAGGCACGAGAAGAUUCAUACAGGGGAGAAGCCUUUUCGCUGUGAUGAGUGCGGGAUGAGAUUUAUCCAGAAGUAUCACAUGGAAAGACACAAGCGAACACAUAGCGGAGAAAAGCCCUAUCAAUGUGACUACUGCCAUCAGUACUUCUCCCGAACGGACCGAGUACUGAAGCACAGACGCAUGUGCCACGAGAACAAGGACCGGAAAGCACACAAAGCCUCCGCUAAAGAGGGACUGCUGCGGACCUCCGAGACGGUGAGCUUUUCCUUCCCAGCGAAAGAGUGUUCGCUGCCAAAGAAAAAACGUCAGAAGUCCUGUGAGAAGACCCAUGGCUCUGCCACAGCUCUCACAGACAAAGAUGGAAGUGGCAGCACCGAGGAGAAAGCAGAGAAGAGGUUGACCAAAAGCGAGAGCCUGCCACUAUAUGCCGUCACUUCUAAAGUCAAAGACGAGUAUGUAGUAGCCGAGUAUUCUGUGGAGCUCCCCGACUCCUCUCCAGGCAACCGACAACUUGGGGAGGUGUCUCCCGAUGAGAUCAACCCUCCGAAACUGGUCCUGAAGAAGGUACCUAGUAAGAGAAAUCUGAAGCAGUCUCUGGAGCAACCACAGAGCUUGUCACCGUUGUCUACCUUUGAGGAAGGCAAAGUCAGCAGGUACACAUUUGAGAUUGUAGACAAGCAGAGUCUUUUGGACGUGGAGAACUUGGAAUCAGUCGAUACCCUUCAGGGAGCACAGCCCAAACCAGCAACGAGUAGCACAAACUACGACGAUGCCAUGCAGUUCCUGAAGAAGAAGCGUUACCUAGCGGCAACCAACAACAGCCGUGACUACGCACUCAAUGUGGGAAGCAUUGCAUCACAGCCCUCGGUCACUCAGGCAGCGGUGGCCAGUGUCAUCGACGAGACUGUUCCUGCCACCAUCUUGGAGCCCCAGCCCAUGAAUGUGGAGAUCAAGUCCAACCAUGAGAAGAACGUGCUCCCUGAUGAGGUACUGCAAACCCUACUCGACCACUACUCCACCAAAGCCAAUGGGCAGCCUGACCUCUCCUUCAGCGUGGCGGACACGGAGGUCACCUCCAGCAUAUCCAUCAACUCAUCCGACGUGUCUGAGAGCAGCCCGCCAGAGCCUCUGGGGACCAGCACUCAGGCACCACCCGCCGAGAAGUCCAGUCUCCUUCAGGAGUACUCAAAGUUCUUACAGCAGGCAUUGGAGAGGACCAGUCAGAACGACAGCUAUCUCAACAACCAGAGUCUUACGUUUGUGACGGACAGCCCCAGCUUGGCCGGGCAGCCGUUGUUCUCAACUGACAAACAGCUGACCUCACCUGGCCGCUUCCGCCUCAACUCUCCUCUAAGGUCCACCCUGGAGAAGCCUCACUUCGCUCUCCUGGGAGACUCCCAGCACUCGUUCUCGUUCUCCGGGGACGAAACUAACCAGUCUGCCGUGUCCCCCACCGAAGACUUCCUUGAGCAGGUCACCUCUUCAAAAAAGACAGACGUUCAGGGGAUUGGUCAGACAUUUCAGAUUGCCACGUUUGAGCCGAACUUUCGCUCCCAGUUCCAGAGCACUCGCUCUGGAAUCUCCUCCCAGUUUAGCAUUGCCAAUGGUCAGGUCAGCCUCCGGAGUCAUGGAGGAGCAGACUUCUCAGAGUUCCCACUGGUCAGUGUAACGGAGACCAGAACACAGAUGACCUCCUCCCCUGAUCAUUCAAGCAGCCAAACAUUUGGGUGAUUGGAAAACAUUUGUAUGUGUGUGUAUACAUAUGCACAUACAGAUAUUUUGUAAUUAUUUGCAAGGCACUUUAUAACAUUCGUUUAUUGUAUUUUGCCAAUGUAUGCUUCAUUUUAGAUGUUAUUCUUUAUCAUUGUCUCAUCAUGUAACCGAACAUGAUAAAAAAGUCCUAUACUGGCAGAGAUGGAAGACAGCACUUACAAAUUUUGAAAUGAAUCAGUUUUCUAGCACUUUUGAAGUAUAAUAUUAAUAUUUUAUUAUAUAACAUAGUAAAAAAAUUAAGGGGAAGCCAAAUAACUAAAGCUUUGUUAAUCCAAACAAGGAGUGCCUCCACCUGCCCCUUUCAUCAGUGAUGGUUUACCUAGGAAGCAUAGGUAUCAAAUUUCGGUCUCACAGGUGACAAGUAAUGAAAGUGUGUAGUAGGGUAAGCAAGCACUGACAUACCUACUAUUGGGAAACAUGCCUGGAAAGAUAAGACCGUGGGGAAAUGCCACAAGGGCAGACAUGGCAUUGCCUCCCACGGUGGUCUCUGGUUUUGACAGAAAUGUGUGAUGAAUCACAUUUAGACCUUAACACGUUCAAUACUAAUGAGACCAUGUACUCCUUACAGAGAGGUCCCUGAUAAUUACACACAAUUACAAUUUCAGUUGAGCUGCUCAGUCGCUCAGAGCUGAAUGAGCCUCAGAUUCGGACAGAUUUUAGUUUUGUAACAGGAAUGAGCUAUUUUAUGAAUGUUGGCUGUCUUUUCUCAGCUUGUGUUUGAGGACUUCUUCCUUUGUCAUUUCUUUUCAGUAUGCCAUCUAAUUGUUAUGUAUACAAUGUUAAUAAUGACUAACAAUGAUCAGCAAAGUAUACAUGGUACAUUGUUUGGAGUCCACAGACCGUUGGAACAAAUGCAGUCAAUUUGAACAGACAAAAACAACUGUAGGCCUACUGACAUUCUGUUACAUUCUGCAACAUUUUACACUAGAAUGGCAGUUUGUAGAAAUUAAAUCAAAUUUCAUCAAUGGGAAAGUCAAACUAAAAUACAGGUGCCCUGUGAGUUGGGCCGCCCAGCCCAUGCCCACCAAGUUUCAAACAAAUCAGACCUGUAGUUUAGCGUAAUCAUUCUAACAAACCAACCAACCAACAAACAACACUGGUGAAAACCUUGUUGGCGGAGGUUUGGGCUUAGAGUAUAUAAGUUAAGCUGAUUGACAAUUUAAACUUAAUUUUCCUUCUUGUAUUGCUGUUUAUCAAGUCAUCCAUUUUACAAUUCAAUUCAAUUGACCAAUAGCCCAAAUGUAUAGUUUUUUAACAUAAAUCAAGAUAUCCCAAACUAUUUUUGCACACUGAACUUAAACUUGUCAGGCUGAGAGAUUGUUGCAUGCAAAAGUGUCUUACCUCUGCAAACAUGGGCACAUUUGUAAAUACAGACCAACUUUAUCUUUUCAAAAAACAGUGAUGGCUACAAUUGGGGGAAAACAACAGGUACUUUACCUCAAGGAAUCUGGGGAAUGUUGGCAGUUGAAUGCAGUUUGUGGAUAAAAUCCAAAUGUUAUGAACUUUGCACACUUUCCUCAAUAGGGAAUGUCCAUUGAAGGUUUUGUCAUUUAACAACCUUAAUGUCUACAUUUACCUCCCUGACGUUUUAUAAACUUGGAGCUUGAGAUGGGAUAUGUAAUUGAGUUAUCAGGUUUUGGUUUGCCUGGGACUCAAGUCAUUGUGACUUUAAAAAUAGCAUUUAUCAUUCAUUUUGAUAAUCUAAUAUCAUCAUGUAUCAUUGAUUAGUCAAGAGAGAGAUGCCUUUGAAGUAAUCACUAGUCUAUACCAGUUUGUGUACUGUCCUGUUUUCUGAAUUUCUUCUCCCUUUGAAUGGUUAAAACUAGUCUACUUUUUGCACUCUGAAUUUGUGGUUGUAAAGCUAAAGCUUUUUUUUCAAGUGUCAAUGUCAUUGGGGCUUGCACAGCUUACUAGUUACAUUUUUUUAAUUUGUUUGAUUUUAAAGCACUUUUUCUUAUAAUGCCAUGUCUUGCGCUCAUUUCAUCUGAUGCACUUUCUUGAGGUCAUAAUUUCUCUCCCAGUUCCUGAAUAUGGGCUGAGGUCAUUGUAAAUCACCUUGUCACAGCAGUGCAUAUAGUGGCCUUCUAGUAGGUAAAGAACUUGCUCAGAUAGUUUAAAGUGACGAGUAGAAAACAACAAAAAAUCAUGUUGAAUUUUUUUUUUAUAAUGUAUAUUCUACAUUAAUAUUACACUAAACAUGUUCCACACAGUAAUGUUAGAACAGGCUUAUAAUUGUUGUUUGAUUUUGACCAGUGCAUGAACUUUUCCCUUUCUGGUACUGUUGUGCUCUUAUGAUAACUUGUUCUUUGAGAAUAAUAUUAUGUAUCGUGCACAUAGCUACUCCAAUCCUUGUAUUUGCUUCAUGUGAGCUGAUCAUUUGAAAAUUGAUUACAUAGCAGAUUUCCUUUUCUUUUAAAAGUUUGACAGUUCCAUGCAAAGAUUAAUUACACAUCACCUCCAAAACACUGACAUGUUGCUUAUGCAUGUGUAAACUGUAAAAUGUGAGCAGAUAGUCUGAGCAUUUAUUAACAUAAGGUUACAUCACACUGUUAAAAUAAUCUGGUAUAAUAGUAUGGUGUGCCUUACAGAUUACACUGCAGUGCAUCACAGUUAUGGACGUGGCAGAAUGGGUCAUUUGCAUGAAAUUGCCAGUGUGCUCUCUGGUUUGUCUAAUGCUGUGAGGUUCAAUUUUCUGGUUUAAGCCAAACAUACUGGUGAAAUUCCUUGAUUUUUCAAUAGCCAAUCUCUGUUGACGAUCAGGGAAAAACACCCCCACUUUGAACUGCAGUUACUUUUCACACUUUGUGUUAGCAUUCCUUAGUUUGAUGGUGUUGAUUGAAAGCUUGCCUCUGCUAUAAAAUACAUUGUACAUUUUAACUGUAUAGCCUUGUUUAGAGAACAGUAUUUUUGGGAAAGUGCAGAAUCAUUUUGGAUCUUCAGUGUAUUUUUUUAUUGUGUAACCUCUUAGAUUGUGUUCUCUAAAUAUGGUUUAUGGGAUCAGGGGAUAUUUAGUCAUCGUUCUGCUAUAGAUCACAUUGCAACUUUGUUAUAUUUGUGGCUUACUGUUCCAGAGCUGAGGGUAAAUCAUCCAGGGAUCUUUCAGGAGGGAGUUGUCUGCUCUACUUGAUGAUAAUUGGAAAUGCAUUACUUAAUAAGCUGGAUAAUUCUUAUAUAACAUGGUGGGAUGUGCUGAUAUAUCUACUGAUACAUCCCAGUUAUGAAGCUAUUUGUUCUGGCCUAACAUUUUUUGCUCCUCUUUAUGUCAACAUGUGGCACAACUCUCUCAAACAUCUCUCAGCAAUAAUGGAUCAUUUUGAAUUCUUUUCACAUGGAAUUAGUACAAAGUAUAACUUUGGGAUAGACCACCUGUUUUAUGUUAAUGAUUGAAUGUUGGAGUGUCUAGGGGUAAAAUGGCUUUGAUUUUAAUUAUGGCAAAAUUUGCUCUUAGCUACAGAGUCCUGUCAUUGGUUGAUCGAGGAUUUUGGUUGCCAUUGAUAGUCUUAAUAUCACAUCAGUUAAUAUGUUUUAAUCAUAAUUAAAUUAUUAGACAUUGUUUUUCAUUAAACAAUGUCAUACCACAAUUUCUGCUCCACGAAACUUGGUUUUGCCAAGUUCUGACCAUAAGUGCCCUUCAGAUGAGUGAGGAAGAAAAAAAAUUACUUCUGGUCAUUAGAGAGUGAACAAGAAUCUAAUUUGACGUUUUUUUUUUUCUCUUUUCAGCCUACCUGUGUGACACAUUUUACUGCUGCUUGUAAAAGUCAUUGUGCAUUUCAAAUUCUCCUGUGAUUGAACAUUCACAUACUUUGAACAGAAUAACCAUCAAGAAAACAAUAAAUUAGUGUAAUUUAUAUGUUGAGAGAUUUUUACAUGUGGUUUUGAAAAGUUUCAUUUAAAUUGGAAGGUUUCUUAAUCCUUUUCAUGCUUACAUUCUGAUAUAUUCCAUUUCUGGGGAGUCGCAUGUCCCCUGAUUUGUCAGUUUUUGUACACUGGUUAUAUUUUUAUAUGUAUUGUAUGCAUUAUGUUGUAGCUGAAUUGUUUUCAUUUAGAAUACCAUACAUUUAUGCAAUAUUAUGUAUACUGUAUGACAAGUGAAAUUUGAUUUCAACUGAAUAUUGUUGUGUUUUGAUUGUCUUUCUUGUGUGUUACGUUGUCUUUCCAAAUAUAAACAAAAUGAUUGUG